UACCUGAACAUGGAUCAAAUCCUGAAUAAGGUCAAGUUGGCUGUCAGUUUUCUUUUUGACUUUCUUGGCCCUUUAAGAAAUAUCGGCUCUAAGGGUUGCGGAAUGGACAGAAUGGACACGAUGAUAUUUCAAUGUCUGAGGAAAUUAAAUUAAAGGAGAACCAUGAUAAGCUGGAUCAUGUUAAAUCCCCCUCUUUGCUGUUAUCAUCCAAGCAGGUGAUCCAAUUAAACAAGCAGUAUGAUCCUGUUGGGAAGCCGAUUGCAAAAACUGGAGCUUUUCUUCAAGCUUCUGGUGAGGCUGUAUAUGUGGAUGACAUUCCCUCUCCUAGAAAUUGUCUACAUGGAGCAUUCAUUUAUAGCACAAAGCCUUUUGCAAAGGUAAAGAGUAUAAAGUUCAAUUCAGAAUCACUUCCAGAUGGAGUCACUGCAGUCAUUUCUUUCAAAGACAUUCCAAAAGGUGGGCAAAAUAUUGGCAGUCUCUUUGCAUUUGGUCCUGAACCAUUGUUUGCUGAGGAGCUUACUCAGUAUGCUGGAGAGCCUCUGGCAUUCGUGGUAUGUUUUUCAGCCAUCGCUUGUGUAGCAACAUUCGCCUCAUUUCUGUUGAUUGCAGUAUCAUUUUUGUCAUUUUUUCCCAUGGCGAGAUAACCUUGUUCAGUCUCUUUCAUUGACCACAAUCGUUGCAAAUUGCAAGGAUAGGAUGGAACAGAAUUAUAUGUAACUUUUGAAGUCAAAUGAGGGAAAAGAGAUUACCUAACCAACCUAAUUGUGGGUGUUUCGCAUGCUCAUAUGCUAACUGUAAAGGAGAAUGAUAGUAUUCUUCCCAAAGCUCCUUGUCCUGAAAAGAAUAUGUUUUACAGCUGAACCUAAGGAUUUUUAGCAUGGAAUACUAUUAUUUUCCUCAUUGUUGGAAUUGUCGUUAUGUUUUUGAUUUAUUCAAUGCA